GAACAUCUAUACAUUAUCACGCUGAUCAGCUGAGCAGACAUUCGCAGUAAAAUCGUAACAAAAGUUUCCUAUUGUGACUAAACUUAUAAAAUUGUAAAAUACGAUUAUUACAAGAAAUAUAAAUUAAAGUAAUAUGAUUUGUGGUUAUGUCGCUUAAGUUGAAUUUCUCUUUCGUGGAUAUUAAAAAGUGAUAUGUUCGUUGAACUUCUGAAGCGCCUACACUUAUUAGCAAAUUGAAAAUGGAACGAAAUGGCGCACGAGAAAUGGAAGAACGAAUGUGCAUAAGGGAUAGUGGUAAAACAUUAAAAAAGUAUGGUAGUACAGCUAAACAUGUUACACGAACUGAAAAUUUAAUAAAGCAUGCUGUAUCAGCAACUGACACACUUCAAGGAAUUGCUCUAAAAUAUGGAGUUACAACUGAACAGAUAAGAAGGGUCAAUAGAUUAUGGGCUUCUGAUAGUUUAUUCUUAAGGGAACAUUUACUUGUUCCAGUUAAUUCAGAAAAUCCUUUAUCACUAUCUAUUGAUAAUCCUAAUGAAACUGAACACAAUACAGUUCAAAGUAUUUCUAGUCCAUCUUCAAUAGCAUCUUCUAUAGAUGAUGACAGCUCAGUUAAUGAUUUUUUAGCUAAAAUGGAUUCUUCAAUAGCCAGUGCUAAAAGAGAAGUCAAACGUACUCAGGGGAGUAGUGAAUUUUGCAUAGAGGAUAAUGAUAUCUAUACACAGCGACAUAGAGUGCCUACUAAGUUACGUAAUUCCUUUCCUAUGUCUUCGAAUACACAUACAAUAUCCUCUACAUCAGAACUAUUAAGACCAUCAUCUUCUAGCGAUAUGCAUAACUUUCCAACUGCUGUAGUUAUGACUCAGGGCAGGAAAGUGAAAACAUCGCUACAACGACUUCAACAGCAACAAGACGAAAUAUUUCAGUUGUAGCAACUAUAUGAUAUUGAACUGUAAUAUGUUCAAAAUUGACAGUGUCAUUAAAGAGCUUGAAGAAAUAUUUAUUGGAUACUGAAUAACAUAUUGGAAACAAUAGAAGAUUAUUUCAUGUGCAAACUUGGUUGAUCCAGAAUUAAUGUAAGUUGUAAUCACUCCUUCUUAUAAACUGUUUAUGAUAACUUAUAAAGUGUUUAACUUUUAACUGAAAGCUUUUGUAAAAAGUAAUGUUGACAAUUUUUAUUCUUAUAGUCUCAGACUAUCAACAAUGGAUCAACUAACUCUCAUAUUGUCCAAACAUAUUUUUGAAAUAUUUCCAACAAUAUUUCUUAGUGGACCAUAUGUGCCUUUAACCCAAAUCAAUUGUGCAAUAAAUCCAAUAUUAUUCUUUCUCUAA